GCAGGUCCUUUUUUUUUUUCAACAGAGCGUGUUUUUCCAUUAUCUCCCCUGAAAGACAGGAAGGGUGUAGACGCAUUGGCAGAGUGUGGAGACCGUUUGUAUCUCGGUGGCAUGAAGAUCGAUAUCCCUCCGGCUGUGUAUUGAUCCGUGGACAUGGAGAAGCUGAUCGGGUAUUUUGUGCUGUCUGUGGCGGUGCUGCGCGCAACCGUAACCGGAGAUAAGGUGACGGACAAGUACUUCGAGGACGGUGGUAGCCUCGAACUCGAAGUGAGGCCUCCUCACCCCGAGACCAUCACAAACAUCCUGUGGAAGUGUGAUGGUGAUCGGGCCGAGUGGUAUGACGGCAGUGUAGAAUUGGAGUACUACGGCCGCUACAAAGUACGCACAACCCUGGACAAAAAGACUGGACUAUUGGUCAUCAAUAAAAUGACCAAAAACGACAUGGGCCUGUAUUCAAUGGAGAUCAACAGCAAGGUCCAGAAUGAGAUGUACAGAGCUAUAUUGAUCAGGAGAGUCCCCAAGCCAGUGGUGGAGCUGAGAACACUGACAUGCAGGGUUACUUCAGGGUCUUGUAAGGUGAGCUGUGAAGCAUACCUCAAAGACGCCCGACCCGUCACCUACAGCUGGAAGAUUGGAGACAAAGACUGGGAAGAGUCGGAGGGAAAGGACAGGAAUAUCACCAAGACUGAGAUUAAAGGAGACAAGACCAUCACCUGCAAGAUAACUAACCCGAUCAGUAGUGAUGUUAGUAACCCUGUUGACAAUUCGCUCUUCAAGGAGGAAAUAAACAAAGAAACUGUGGGGGUUAUUAUGCUGGUCUCACUUGCGGGUGUGAGUGUGUGUUGGUUUGUGUGUGGGUUUGUGGUUGUUGCAAUUCGUAAACGUCGGAUACUCCGCAUUAGAAUUUAAGACACCACCAGCACUUCUCCUGCAACUGGAAAUGGAGAUGCAAACAAUCCAACUAUAAAGUUCAUAAAUUAAGAUGUUAUAUAUAUUUAUAUCAAAAUGUUUCAAUCAAAAGAUGUGGUUUCUUGACCAGAAGUAAAAUAUUGAGAUAAGACUUAAUGCAUGAAUAAAAUCAUUUUACUCUUUUAUUUUUGUUUCUUUGGCUUCCUUUUUUUCUCUGUAGCUCUCCUCUUUAUAGUACUUAACCAGAGAGGAGUCGUAGAUCUAAAAUAAAAAUCACACUUUGAGGUGAUUCUGCUAUUUAGUCAACACUCUCUAAAACCACUUCAACACCUGAACAUUACACCCUUCUUGAAGAAGAAAUGUUGUUGAAUUUGUUGCAUAACUGUUGCAUGAUUAGAAUUCCCUAGUUUAAGUAGUUGUAAGUUAUAAACUGGCAGCUAGAGGGUACUAAUCAGCUGAUUUUACUGUUAUGAAAAUGAUUUGUCAGUGCUCUCUGGUGGACAACAUGUUGACACUGUUUCUAAAUGACCUCAGAUCUAGUCUGGCAUAUCUGUACUUCAGUUUCUUGUUAGUCAUGAUGCAUCAUUCAGGAUGAGUUAUGAGUCUAGCUCAAAUUACUAGAUAAAUAAU